CGACAAACUACCAAUGGGUGAUGAGAUGGGCGGGGCCCGGAGGAUAACAGCGGAGGAUUCAAACUGAACAUGGCUGCGGGGAAAGAUGUCGAUGAAAACACUCAAAAUAGAAGAGGUACAGUGUGCAGUAUGGUGAUCAACCAUGAGGAAUCCCCCGGGGGCUCUCGCGCUGGCCGACCACCUGUCAUCUUCAAUCCAGACUUUUUUGUGGAGAAACUCCGCCACGAGAGCCCAGAUGUUUUCCUGGAGCUGGUGCUCAGUAACAUCACUCGUCUUAUUGAUCUUCCUGGGACAGAAUUUUCGCAGCUCCUCGGCGAAGAGGGCCCUAAGACCCCAACAGGUGGAAAUGGAGGCUUCUUUCGUUCUUUCAACUUCCUCAAACGCAAAGAUAAAGGCGUAGUGUUUGGAACCCCACUGACAGAAAGCUGCAUCGCCCAGAUCUACCAGCUCAUUGAGUACCUCAGCAAAAAUCUACAUGUGGAGGGGCUGUUUCGGGUGCCAGGAAACAGUGUUCGGCAGCAGGCCCUUAAAGAGCUCCUUAACAGCGGGGCUGAUGUCGACCUGGCGUCUGGAGACUUUCACCCAAACGAUGUGGCCACGCUGCUCAAGACUUUUCUGGGAGAACUGCCCGAGCCCUUGCUCACACACAGACACUUCCACGCACACCUAAAGAUAGCUGAUAUGACUCUGUUUGACGAACAAGGCAACAAGACUGCGAUACCCAACAAGGAGCGUCAGAUCGAAGCCCUGCAGCUUCUCUUCCUGCUGUUACCCCAGGCCAACCGCUCACUGCUCAAACUGCUGCUGGACCUGCUCUACCACACUGCCAAGCAGCAGGACAAGAACAAGAUGUCCGCCUUCAACCUGGCCCUCAUGUUUGCCCCGCAUGUCCUGUGGCCCAGACACAUGACAGCUGGUGACCUGAAAGACAAUCUGAAGAAACUGAACAACAGCAUGGCAUUCCUCAUCAAACACUCGCAGAAACUCUUCAGGGCUCCAGUCUACCUGCGGGAAUAUGCCAGAGUGCACUUUACUGGGACUAAGGCUCUGCACACCAAGGACGAUCUGGAGCUGCUAGCGGCGAGCAGCUCCCCUGCUCAGCGGACUGCGUUGCCCCUAAAGAGGACGGCUGUUCUGGGCCCCAGCUCUCAGGAUCAGUGCCAGUCUCCAGCUCAACAGUACACAGAGGAGGCCCUGAAGGAGCUCUUCAGACACGUCCACCACAACAUGCCAACUCCGCCUAAGAAAAAGAAACUCGUCCGACAGUUAGUCAAACAGACAAACUCAGGGACCCCCACCAACGAGAACCACCAGGGCCCCGCAGCUCCCAGCAAGAAACAUCCCCGUUCACGAUCCUUUGGUGGCCUCAUCAAGCGCAAAGCUCGUGGGGAGCAGCUGACAGCAGAGAGACGAGUCAGACACAUCUCCCCCGACACCGUCACCCGCACCGGAAGAAAACCUGGUAAAGAGAACGUCGUCCUCCAAGCGGUGAACAGCCCAUUAAAUGGUCCUGUGUUGGGAAAGGCGGGGCUGGUAGUAAAAAACCCAGACUUUACUUUUACUAAGGACAAAGCUCUGAAGGUUUCCAAGGACUCCCCCUCAGUGGCCAGGAUGUGUUUCUCUCCUGCUCAGGAGGUCUCAGCAUAAAACCCGACAUGUGCUUCUCAUCUCAGAGCAGAUAUGGGCAGUAUUAAUAUUAUUAAUCCUCAUGGUUAUCAUUCUGUUUUGAUUGUAGUAAGUAUGUUAUAACUGUGACUAAUAUAAAGCAGUUUUAGCCUCAGCCAGAGCAGCCAAACCAAAGUCAGGAACUCUGUCUGUCUGUCUGUCUGUUUCCACUGCUGGACAUCGUUAACAAACUGAAUAAAAUCCUCCAUGCAGCUUUUAUUUUAUACGGCAUUAAGUUUGGGAUGGUUAACAUACAAUGCAACUUAUUUCCACAUCAAGAUUCUGAUUGAUUCAGGCAAGAAUCACUAAUAUUGAAUUAUCAGCCACAGGGUCCAUAGAGGUUGCCUCUGUAAGAAUAAGCUCAUGUUUAGGACCCUGAUAAAGUCAGAAGCAGAUCUUGUUUAUUUAACAACAUUUUAAAAUUCUUUAAACUAAUUUUGAUAUUAUUUAUUGAAGGUUAUUUGUGAUUUGAUUUCAGUCACAUAAGACAUUAUUCUCAGUCAUUUUUGUUCGUCUUAUUUUGGAAAUCAGUUGUGAUGAGAGAGGAUGUAGGGCUGGACGAUACAACCACUUAUGAGAAUCACAAUAUUAUACAUUUUGACCAAUAAAUAAUUGAAGCAAAUAAAAAAUUUAGAUUUUUUUAAACUGCGCCACCUGGCACGAUUGCAAGUCCUGUAUUAUACAGUCUCUUACAAGAUCACGCCAAGUUAUUCACACAAGCAUUAAUCCUCAUCAUGGUGGACGGUACUCUGUUUUGAAUAAACACUGCUCUAAUCUUUGUGGUUAUCGCUCAGCUCUGCCUCACUGUGAAUCAUUUAACCAGUCUCUUUCUUUGGUUUGGCUUCACUGGCUCUGAGCUGCUUGUGCCAGUUAUCACUUGAAACUUGUUUUGUUGGCUACUGUAUCAGAAUCUAUGACCACUAGCUAGCUGAGCUAACAGCUGUAGCAUGCAGAAUAUGUAUAAAUGUUGUACUGUGUGUGUGUCUGUAUGUGUGUGUGUGUGUUUAAAGUUUUUAGACGUUGUGAUGUGCGCUCUUGGUACAAAAGUUGGUUACGAUAUUUGGGUGAGAAUCUCUUGGUAUUUUGCUGCUGAUCCAGAAUCAGUGAGCACUAAGUUUGGCAUUAUUUUUCUAAUGUUUUAUCCUGAUGUGAAAAAUAGGAUUUAAUUAACAAUCAUUACACUUUACUACUCUCACAGGGUUGUCGAUUAUGAAACCAUUGACUGGUUUCAUAAUGUUUGUAAAGCUAUCAAAUAUGAAAUAUUACAUUCCCAGAACAUGUCACAGGACUUAUAAUAUUUUUAAAAUGUUUUAUUUUAUUUUUUUACUUCAACUGGGGUCAUGGUUUGUGAGAUUUGUUAUGUUGAUGGUUUAAAUGAAAGUUGAAAGGAUGCUUUUGUAUGUGUUUACUCUGAUGGAAAUGAGCAGUAAUCUGUUACAGAGGGGUCCUCUCUUCUUAACAUGGUCUGUAUGUGGUCCAGUAUCUGAGGGCAGAUGUGUUGAGAGGAGGCACGAGUCCAGGUAAAGUAAGAAAGGAGCUUUAACAUGUUUGGAUGUCAGACAUUGUCACCUGUUUCUGUUUCAGCACAACUGUUAAAAACAUAAGCCUGUUACAGUUACUAGUGUAUAUAUGUAAAGAGACGACAGGGACACAAAAUGUUUGAUCAAAGGGACAUGAAGUAAUUUACAGGAGGAAUUAUACAACUUCUCAUGGAGUUUCUUUACAAAACUCUACAAAAUAAUAAUUUUAAAAACUAUCUAUAAUGUGUAAACCACCAACAUCAGUGCAGUCUGUUGCUGGAUUAGAAUACAGUAUAAAUUUGCAAAAUUGUGAUUCAAAUCCAUAAAUCUCUCUCAAAAAAUAAGUAAACUAUUGCACAUUUUUUGUUACUUGAUAUUUUCCUUCCAUCUUAAAAAACGAGGGAAUAGAAAAUUAAAACAAUGCAGAUACAUUGUGAGUUUUUUGUAUUUGCAGAAAGUAAAAGUGUUACUUAAUGCCCCUUUGACAGUCUUCAUUGUAUUCAUAUGUUGUUCUUGGUUCCUGAAACUUCACUGUUCAUGGCUUGACUUAAUGUCUGCUCAGUUUGUUGUAUAGUGAGUACGGAUGCACCGGUACCAGUUCCAGGAACUAAAUUUCUUUGUUUUGUUUUUUUCCUGGACAGAGAAAUUACAUGUUUUUUCCAACACCCCCACUUUUUGUCGAGUUUGAUGCAACACAUGGUUUAUGCUCAUGGAUACAUUAUUGGUUUGGAAAAUCUUCUAAGACCUGAUUCGUUUUGUUUUUUCUCAGUCUGAUGUUGAGGAUCUGUUAUCGGUGCAUCCUGUUUUGAAAGUGUUGUGGAUGUUGUAACGAUGGGUUUGUAGGAAGUGAUCGAGGUGUUGAACGUGACUGACGUGUCAGCUGCAGACGAACACUAAAAGAGCUCCUUUUGUUUUAUGGUGUAAUGUCAUGAAGGCGUCACAGGACCCUUUUCUUUUUUUGGUUUUGACUGAAUUCAUCUCUGCAGAGAAGCAGCCCUUUGAAACUGGAUUGAGAUUGUUUACUUUUCUCUCGACAUCUUCUCAUCCUUUUCAGUUCUCUGAAGUUUUAAGGGAGAGCUGCUGGAUUUAUUGCUGUUUGGUUUACAGAAAUGUUUAUUUUAUGUUGGUGGGAUUUAGCAACAAAACAAGCAAGAUUUAAGGUACACUGAUGUUUUUUAAGCCCCUUUUUAAAUUUUGUUGUUCAAAUGGGAGCAGUUACAUUCUGUAUGAUGUAUGAUUUAUAUUUGAAACACAAAAUACCCCUUAGUUUUUUAAGUGUCAGUGUUGCACGUUUUAUUUUUCUCCUUUACAUAAAUGUGAAAGGUUUAGUUACUGAUCUCUGCUUGCUGUGCACGGUCUCUGAUGAGUUCUUCUGUACACUGUGAAAAUGAAGAUAAAUACUGAUGAGAACUGAACGUGACAAAAGUGAACAUGUUGAAUUUUACUCCCCCUUUUUUAAAAUGUUGCCUCAUGUGUUUAAGUGCACCUUUUCUCUUAAUGUGGGUGAAUCAGAUGUGAAGAAACACUAUCUUUUUAUUAGGUUAAAGGUGAUCAUCUAAAGCUUUUGUCUUCUCAUUUGUCCAAGCACAAUUUUUCCAUUGUCAUGAUGAGCUCAUCUGUGACUGUGGGACCAUGUGGUUUAAACUGUGGUAACCUUUUUUUGUGUAUUCUAGUGUAAAAUAAGUUAACCCUGUACAUUGAAUUCCUUGGCGAAUGGUCCGCUUUGGAUUAAAACUUUUUUUUAUGUUUCCUACCGUC